GGAGUCCUUGGAAGGAACAAUAACCCCUCACCAAGCUUUCUGCGCCUGCCUGCGGCAGGAAGCGAAGGCGCAGCAUGACAGCAUACGCGCGCGUCGCAAACGUCACACCGCAGACAUGUAUGCACGCGCCCCGAAUGUACAAUCCCCGUCAAGUUUGAGAACCAACAUAAAGCAUCGAUCGGGGAGUUGGCGAUAUGAUUCCGCAGGUUGUGAUUGACAAAGUGCUCUCCAAGGCGCAAGAAAGUGCGUCACACAGCUGGGAGUACGGUACCGUAUUUGAAGCGCUACUCGAGUACAGAGGUCCUCGACACAGUGUCUUUCAUGAUCCGUUUCCACGAGGCGAGAUACCAAAGUUGACGGUGGAUGAUGUAGAAGCAUUGCGAUAUGUGAAGCCGUUCAUACAGACGAAUAGUGCGAGACUGUGCGAAGGUAACGGCUCGUCGUCCGAUCCAACGUCUCUCUGCAUUCCCGCCUUGUUGCUCUACAAAUCGACAUCCUUUCAAGCGCCUGACAAUGCUUACCUAUCCGCCGUAAAUCGCCAGCUGCACGACCUACUCUCCACCACACCCAGAUACACCAACGGCGCGAUAUCGCAUCGUGAUGCGUACCCUUCCUUGUGGGCAGACUUCAUCUACAUGGUACCGCCUGCUCUUGCAUACCACGGCAUCUUCACCCUAGACAUAAGCAUGGUGAAAGAGAGUGUACGGCAGUGCCAGCUAUACUGCGAGGUACUGGGCACGUCGAAAGGGUAUUGGCGACACAUCGCCAAUGUCGAGGGCACAGACAGCGUAAAGAGCGAUGAUGGCGCAUGGUGUACGAGCAAUGCCUGGGCUGCAGCUGGGAUGACCAGGGUCCUAGCAACAUUGCGCAAAUCUCAAUAUGAGUCGGAAACCGCUGAUGAGCAGAAGAUGCUACUGGAUAUGACCAAAGGCAUUCUUGACGGCGCGAUAGAGGCUGAUACUGAUGCAUCGGGCCUGUUGCGCAACUAUCUCGACGACGAGACAUGGUUUGCAGAGGUUGCUGGGACAGCGUCAAUGGCAGCUACGGUCUUCAGAAUGGCGGUCCUCGAGCCUGGCAUAUUCGGGGAACGGUAUGUAGGAUGGGCGACGCGUAAGUUGGAGUCUGUCAGUCGCCAUCUAGAUGAGGAAACUGGUGUUGCGGCCCCUGUGGUCAACUCCCUGAAGGAGGGUCAGCGAACGCCGCUCGACGGUAUCAAUCCCGAGGGACAGGCUUUUGUCGUAUUGUUAUACGCUGCAUGGAGAGAUUGGAGGACUGUUGCAAAUAAUGCAUCAAUCGCGAUGACCGGAACUCACGCGUCGAGGACAUGAGCAGCGCGUGCCGCAGUGGUUCGCGUCGUUUGUACCUCGGCAAAUCGGACUCCUCACGUCAAUCAUGACUCUCUGACAUGCAAUGGAAGCCAUG